AUGAAACGUUUUUUGGACAUAGAAGAAUCAAGGGUAACGAAAUGUGCUAAAGUUUCUCAGAGUGGUUGUGAUUUCCUUGUCAAACUGCCUUUAGAAGUGGUGGAGAUAGUGAUUGCCAAGGGGAAGCUUUCUCGCCGGGAUAUCAUCAACAUUUCACUGGUGUCCAGCUCUCAUAGAUUACGAUUCUUCCAGUUUGUAUACGACAAAGUGAAACUGACGUGGACCGACUUCAAGCGGUUUGAAGAGACAUUUAAACAGAAGGAUUUGGUCCAACGCAUAAGGGUCUAUAGUAACCUCAAGGAUGUCAAGCAAACUAGCUACGGAGAAUGGAAUAUCUCGUUGAGAGAGAUUUUACUGAAAUGCACCAACUUGUCCGAAAUGACGAUAGAAGUAAUGACGUCUGCUCGAUGCCUCAAGUACCAGGACAACUUUGAUGUAGAUUUGUCCAACAAGAUAACGAGUCUAAAGUUGAUCAGUCAUGCGCACGAGGCUGCAGACGAAUCCCUUUUCGAACUGUCUCAGCUCCAAAAGUUUCACAAUUUGACGAGUUUGAACCUCAACGGGUUCUUUAUCAGUAAAGAUCAGUACUUCUAUCCGAAGUAUAAGCCAGAUUUAUCUGAUUUUAAAGUACGAAGUAAAGAUGGUAAGCUUCUUAAGCUGGAGAGGUUGGAAUUGGUGAACUGCCGAUGGGAGCACCCGUUCAAUUUGAGCGAUAUUUUCAGCCCUACAUAUCCAUCACCCAAUCCCGUGCUCUUCUCUGGUGGAAGACAGGAAGAAUUUACAGCACCAUCCAGCCUUUCGCUAUUCUACAGCGAAGAAUCUUCAUCGUUUGUAGUGAGUGAGAGGUUUCAGGCACUGAUAAACAACGAAAAUGAUGAGCAGUUUCUAUUUCAGACCCGUUUUUACUGCAAACUAAAGGAACUCAAAAUAGUGAUCCUUAACAGAGAUAAUAAGGAUGACAAGUAUAGCUACUACUACCCAUGGUUGGCACAGCUGGACUUGAAACGGAAGUUCCAGGCACAGUCGGAAACGACCGGAGAGAUCGAAAACAGAUCGAUACUAACGAGUUUACAAUCAUUAACACUAGUUGGCUGGCGCUUAGCCAAUUCGCAUGAGCUGGAAAAGAUCUUCACAGUGGAUAAAGAUAUGAAGUACAACAUGAAACGGAUUCAGUUGUACCUAAUACAGGCAGGAGACAGUAAGGAUCAGCUUGAUAGGAUACAGAAUCAUCUUGAAGUGAUAUUCAAUGGGCCUGGAAGAAACAACAAUCAUUGCGAGGUGACCGUAGGAUACGCUGAAGAGUGUCUCGCUGACCAUGAGUACGACACAGACUUUUCCAAGCUGCACGAAGGAGAGAUGUAA